AUGUCACAAAAUAAAAGAGUUGAAAGAGAACCAUUCGAAGAUUUGAGUGGUCCAGGUGCACCAGUCAAGAAGGAAUCACAACAACAAUACUUUGCAAGAAGAUCACAAGAGGAGGAAGAGAGUAGACAAGUAUUUCUCAGACAAGGAAUCAAAGGUGGUUUAAUUUACACUGGUGUCACCGCUGCUUUAGUCGCUGCUGGUACCUAUUUUUCACCAAGAAUUAGACAAACAUUAUCAUGGAACAUUAGAGCAUUCAUUGUUUCAUCAGGUUUUGUAGCAGGUUUUUGGAUUUACGGUGAAACUAGCUCAAGACAAGUCAUUCACAAUCGUCUCUACAAAGAGAUGGAUCAGUUUUACAAUCAACCACACCAACAACAACAACAACAACAAAAGAAAUAA